AUGAGAUUCCAAACUAUUUCAUCCGUCGCCCUUUUAUCUGCUAUACAACAUGUAUAUGCACAUUUAGGAGCCGAAGAGUCAUCUUCUGGCUUCGUUAGCAUGAAUUUCAACAGACUGUAUGGCGCCAGUCCAGAUACAGCCGUUUCGAAAAGAAGCAUGUCGCACAUUAAAAGGUCCGAAAAUUACGAACAAGUACGACUUAAAAAUGAAGCUUGUUUCUACUCAAUGGACCUCGCUAUUGGUAGUAACCAUCAAAACGUUACCGUAUUAGUCGACACUGGUUCCUCUGAUCUAUGGGUUCCAGGUCCAGACUCUUCUGCAUCAUAUGGAGUUUUCAGUCCAAAGGAUUCGACUUCAUUAAAAUUUAACGGUACUGAAUUUUCAACACAGUACGCUGAUGGUACCACCGCAUACGGUGAAUGGUGUUACGACACUGUCGCCUUAGGAGACACAACUGUCUCUAAUGUCACAUUCGCUGUCGUCAAUGACACCGACUCUAACUUUGGUGUUUUAGGUCUUGGUCUAACUGGAUUAGAAGCUACCUACACUAAUGCAUUAUCAUCUCCAUACCAAUACGACAACUUUCCGGUAAAAUUGGUCCGUCAAGGUCUCAUCCAAGCUAAUGCUUAUUCUCUAUAUUUAAAUAAGGCUGACGCUUCUUCAGGUAAUGUUUUAUUUGGCGCUGUUGAUCACGCCAAAUACACUGGUACGUUACAUACAAUUCCAUUCGUUAACACUUUGGAAUCCCUAGGCUACAAUUCCGUUAUCGAAUUCCAUGUCACCCUUGAUGGUAUGGAUCUCUCUACAAAUGAUGGUCAAACGACGUUGACGACAUCUAAAUUUCCAGUCCUAGUUGAUUCAGGAAAUACUUUCUCAUAUUUACCAGAUAAUUUACUUCAACAGAUUGCGUCUCAAAUAGGAGCUACUUAUUCUAACGAAUACGUUGGUUACGUUUUGACUUGUCCAAGUGAAGAUGAUGACACCGUUAUCUCCUACAAUUUCGGUGGUUUCAACAUCGACACACCAUUAUCUGGUUCAGUCACUGAAUUAGGUGACGAUUCUAAUACUUGUAUAUUGAUGAUUGCUCCAAGUGGUUCCGAAUUCGGUCAAUUAGGUGACACUUUCUUAGAAAAUGUCUACGCCUCUUCGACUUGGACAAUAGAGAGUCUUUCAUUAGCACAAGCGCAAUAUACUGAUGAAGAAGAGAUUGAAAUUAUUUCCAGUUCUAUUCCAGGUGCCAUCAAAGCUGCUGGUUACAGUGACAUUUGGUCUGCUUCUGCAAAAAAUUCUACUAGUGGUAACGUUAAAAGAGCCGAAAACAGAGCCUCCAAUGUAACUCAACCAUCAUCCCCCGAAUCGAUAAUCUCCACGACAACCUUAUCCCCUCAAGAGACAACGCAAGCUGCCAAUACAUCAAGCUCUGUAAACUGGAAAAGUCAUUCAACGUCAGUUGUCACGUCUUCAUAUUCUUCAUCAGCUACAGUUUCUAUCGAAAAUAUCAGUUCCGCCAACUUUGCAGGCCAAAGUUUCAAAACAUCUUCUAUGUUCGGUUCUGUUAUAAUUACUUUAGUUUACCUUUGUAAUAUCUUCAUAUAA